ACCGAAUGGGGCUGUACGCCUUGAACUGCAGGAUCAGUGUCGACCUUUGACAUAGGCUCAAUGUACUGUAUAAGCCCUCCAUGAGCUAAGUCACGUUUCACGAUUCAAUGAUAGGCCGACCAACACUUGCGGCGUUCGAAAAUAUGUAGUAAGAAGCGAGUCUUGAUUGACGUGCCAUUCAACUCUUAAAAGGGAUGAUUGAGUGCAUCAAUGCAGAGCGAGAAACCAUAGAGAAUAAGGCUAUUCGCUGAAAUCAUAUCGGACGUGUCCGGCCGAAACGCCUCGUUCAUCAAGUCCCUGCAGGCAGCUAUAAAGGUCAAGAUGAAGGUCCCAUCUCAGACCCCUGCAAUAUUCAGCAUGACUAACAAUGGGAAAGACACCUGGUCUGCCGACACUUACAAUCGAAAUGCACCAUUCGUGUAUUCUGCCGCGUACACAACUCCGGUCUUAUCAUUGCUUGAAGCAAAACCUGGAGAGCGUGUCAUUGACUUUGGAUGUGGGAGCGGAGAACUUACGUUGCAGAUCAACGAGGUCGUGAGUCAGCGUGAGGAUGGAGUCGUAGUAGGGGUAGAUGCCAGACUGACAGAUGUUUCACAGGUCCAAAAAACGCGUUCAAAUGGAUUACGAAACGCGUUUGUGUCCGACAUUCAAGACUUGAUAUUUCCCGUCGACUGGAACCUUUCAUCACAAAAAUGUUUCGACGCUGUUUUCUCUAAUGCAACAUUGCACUGGUGCAAGAAGAACCCGAACGGUGUGCUCGAAAGCGUGAAGAAAGUAUUGAAGCCUGGAGGUCGAUUCGCAGCAGAGAUGGGCGGCUUCUUGAACUGCGUCGGUGUUCGUUCCGCUUUACAUGAAGUAUUGCGCAAGCAUGACUACAAUCCUACGGAGUUGGACCCGUGGUAUUUUCCCACUGUAGAGGAGUACCGGGAUCUCCUUGAAGCGGCUGGAUUCAUCGUGAGAGAGAUCGGCCUCCAUCCCCGUAUAACGCCUCUUCCGGGUUCCCUCUACGAUUGGUUGAUAACCUUUUGUCGCUAUUCCUGCUUGAAAGCGUUGUCAGACCAGGAAGCGGAGACGAUCAUGAGGGAAGUGGAGAAGAUAUGUGAGGUGGAUUGCCGAAACGAGCAGGGAAAGUGGUCAAUUAUGUAUGUUAGGCUGAGAUUUGCGGCCGUUUUGAAAUAGAGAUACUACAGUAGUUCAAGUGGAGAAAAUACGUCCGCGAAUGAACGCGAUCGAGAUCA